AUGGGCAAGAUUGUGGCCGCGAUUGGCCUUUCACAUGCACCAGGCGCAAUUGCGUUCCCAGAAACCGCCAAACCGAAGCAGAGGGCAUCGACAGAGGCAGCAACUGCGGCACUCGGCAAGACGCUUCAGGAUGCCAAACCGGACAUCAUAUUCGCCUUUCUAGACGAUCACUUUGAGAACUUUUUCCGCAACCUGAUGCCGACGAUCGCCGUUUCGGUUGCCGAUACACAUGUCGGUCCAGCCGACCAGUGGAUGGAGACGUUGAGGAUCCCGAAGAAGUACUAUUUCCCCGGCAACCCGAAGGUGGCAGAGCACUUGAUCCGCUCUCUUGUUGAGCAAGGUUUCGACGUGGCGAGGACCGGGUCCGUCGAGUACGGCAACAACCUGCUCAUGCCGUGGCUCCUGAUGGGCUGCCACGAAACAUUGCAGAAUGUGUCCGUCGUGCCGAUUUUCCUAAACGUCUUCACUCCGCCUCUGAUGAAGUACUCGCGUGCAUUUGAGUUGGGAGAGGCUUGUCGCAAGGCCGCGCUCUCGCUGCGAGACGACGUGCGUGUUGCGUUCAUGUGCACCGGAGGUCUCUCCCACUGGCCGCCGUAUUGGUCGCCCACCCAGGCGGGCGACCCGCCGGAAGACGAGUUCCUCAGGUUGAUGAAAGAAUACCAAACUGAAGGGAAGAGCGUCCUGAAAAAGUACCCGGAUCUGUUCGUCCGAUUCGACGACUAUGAGAUCGAAAUGGCCAAGAAGAACGAGUAUCCUCUGAAUAGCAAGCACCCAUUGGUCAACGACAAGUGGGAUCGGAUGUUUUUGGAAAAGUUCUGCGACGGAGACCGAACUUGGUUGAAGAGCCUGACGUAUGAGGAAGUGGAGGAAGAAGCUGGACAUGGUGGCCACGAGGUCCUGAACUGGGUUGCGCUGAGUGGAGCCAUGAACGGAGACAAAGCAAAGCUGCUUCUGUACGAGCCAGUUAUUGAAUGGAUAUGUGGCAUGAGUUACGUGGAUUUCGAAGUGGAAAAACCAACGACAUACGCCAACGGACAAGAAACGAACGGUCUCAACGCUCACGCAAAUGGCGUGCACUGA